CAACUAGCAACAAGCUCUCCCAGUAAACGACUUGGUUCAAAGCCCUUACAGCGCAAUAAGAACCAAGUGAGUCGUACCCAGUCCAUGAGGAGCCCAGGCCCCGCUACCAGACCCACUACCCUCGUGAGAUCCAACAGCUCUACCCCUGUAAAUCCACAUACUUCCCAGGGGCCAGGACAAGGAGCGAAAUCUCCUAUGGGUCCAAGCAAAUCCCCUGCUGGUUUACGGAAAAGAACGAACAGCAAUCCCAAGCUCCUUCACUCCUCAAGUCGAUCCAACAGCAUCGAUUCACCCACUAACAGCAGCUCUAGUAAAGCUAGCAGCAUGGGACCAACUAACACUAGUACUACUAACAGAUCUGGCACUAACACUACCACCAUUAAUAGUACCCCUAACAGGAGUAAUUCAAUGUCUUACAAAUCAAGCUCCCCAAGUGGAUCUGUAACCAAGAUCAUUACAACAACCAGCAAAGCCACUACACCCAGCAAGCCAAGCUGGGUGAAAGGGGGUAGUUCUGGGUGGGUGAAACCUGUCAACUCAACAAAGACCCCUUCAAGGGAGAGGAGGUCAUCUACAUCCUCCACAAAUAGUGCUUCCUCAAAAGAGACCUCUUCUACUAAGGUAGAGCAAUGUUGAAUGCACCAGGGGCCUGUGGAUCAUUUGUGUUCAGUAUAAGGAGCAUGUCUAUGGUGAAGCACUGGCUUUAGCCUUGCAAAAUGCAUUCAAAAAUAGUUUCAUAUGCGCCAUGUGUCGUGCAUGCUUCAACAAAAAAACCUUAAAUAUAUUCUAAAAACCUUCUAAAACCAGCCUUUAUGUAAAUCCAGCAUCUCCUAAAACCAUAAGAACCCGCCAUUGUAUGUCUUUUAUUUAUACAUUAAGUGUGAGCACUGCGUGAAAUGGAAUCAACAGCAAUCCUACAUCACUGAAUGAAAUCAGCCCCUUCCAUACCCUUGUUACAACACAAAUGGUGUCAGCAUUUAGCAUGUGUAACAAAUUGGUACACUUUUGUAUAACAUUUUCAAUUACUUAUCAUAUGCAAUUACUGUCACAGAUGGUAACAUGUGUGUAUGUCUAUGCCUUGUUUUGUUUUACAAUAGGAGCUUAAAGACCUGUACAUGUGUAUGAUUAUGAACCUCUGAGCACAAACAAAGAACCUACCUUCAACACAGACUUGCAUGUAUAUGGAAUUCUUCGCUUGGAAUGAUUGCAUUGAUCUAAAAUGACAUUGAUAUAGCAUUGAUUCACAAGAUUGCAUAUUCUACCACUCUAUUCACCCCUUGAAGCAUAUUGCUGCAACACAUGCAUAUUAUAUAAGAACAAUAUCAUUCACUAUUCACCCCCUCCCCCUCUUAUAAUCCUCCAUCUGCAAAUCAUGUGUUUCUAGGGAUGGUGUCCAAAUGUUGACAGUUGUGGAAAAACAAGUUGCAUUAUUAUAUAUGGUU